AUGGGCAGACUUAUCAAGAACCACUGGGCCCGCCUGAUUGUCCUGACCGCAGCUUCAUACCAAGUAUGUGCUGCCGUGGAGGGCUUCUUCUGGCCCAAGAUCUUCUUUGACUUCUUGACAAAGUCGCUCAACCCGGUCGUCAUGCCUCUGCCGAUACUGCAAGUCAUCAACCUGGUCAUGGGCCUUGCCAUGAUGGCCUGGGAGUUCCCCCUCAAGCCAAUCGCCGGCUCCAGCAUCCACCGCAGCCUCGAAGCCCGCCUGGCCGUCCUGCCGCUCGCAGCGCUCGCCUCGAUCCUGAUGUACCAGAGCACCAACUCGGCAAUCUACUACGUCACAGCCAUGGUCGUCUACUUCUGGGCGUACAGCGAAGGCGAGAUCAUCUGUGCAAAGCCUUGGAGUCUCCCCCAGCGUGGUCGCCCCGGCAAGGUGUAA